AUGAAACUCGGGAUACUUGACGGGAUUAUUAACUUUUUAGAUCAAAUAUCAAAAGAAACGUUUGAAUCUACAGAGAAAAUCCAAAAACAGCAAACAGAGCAAAACGACAUUCAAAAACCAAAAAGUGACAGUGAAAAUAAAACACUUCAAUCUCAACUCAAUCAAGUUAAUGAAGAAAGCAUUCCGAAAGAAAUUCUAACAAAAAUUUCAGAACUCAAUGAAUCUGAUAAUUUUGAAAUUAUAUACAAAUUCCUUGAUGAUCUUUCAUCACAAGGAAAUAAAAAGGCUAUUUCAAAAGCAUGUGAAGAAGGACUUUGGACAAAGUUAGUUAAAGGGUCAUACUAUGAAGAUAUAAAGAAUGUACUUCAUGUUGCAAGUGAAAAAGGAAAUCUGAGACUUGUAAAAUCUCUCAUUGAAUGUGGCUGUGAUAAAGAAACAAGGAGUAAUCAUAAUUACACUCCACUCAUUUUUGCAUCAGCUAAUGGUCAUCUUGAAGUUGUUAAAUAUCUUAUCUCUAUUGGAGCUGAUAAAGAAGCAAAGAAUAAUUCUGGAUAUACUCCACUCAUUUGUGCAUCAUCAUUUGGUCGUCUUGAAGUUGUUAAAUAUCUUAUCUCUAUUGGAGCCAAUAAAGAAGUAAAGGAUAAUAAUGGAGACAAUCUACUCAUUUGUGCAUCAUCAUUUGGUCGUCUUGAAGUUGUUAAAUAUCUUAUCUCUGUUGGAGCCAAUAAAGAAGUAAAGGAUAAUAAUGGAGAAACUCCACUCAUUUGUGCAUCAGGAAAUGGUCAACUUGAAGUUGUUAAAUAUCUUAUCUCUAUUGGAGCUAAUAAAAAGGCAAAGAAUAAUCGGAGAAAAAAUGCAUUCGAUGUUGCAUUCUUCACGGUCAAAGAUUUUCUAAAACAUGCUAAAUAA